CCUCUACAAUAAUUUGGUCAGUCAUAACUAGAAAUGGCGGAAGAGAUGAACACAGUGGAUGAUCAAUCUCCAACAAAAUCGUCCGUCUCCGUAAUAAAACGAGAAGGGAAGAAAGGUAGAAUACGAACCACAUCUAAAGUCCGCUUUCCAGAAGAUGUACAUGAGCCAGAUAUAUUAGUAUCGCGAGAAACUAAUGGCACAAUUGAUGUCAAUGUGGGUUUCCUGCAAAGCCAACACAAAUAUGAGGCUAGUUUCACAAUUGAAGACAACAUUAAAGAUGAUAUCGAAGUACCUACAGAUCAACAAGUGUUCCUCAGAGUCAAAAAUAUUUACCCAACCUCAAAUGGUUCGGGACAUGAUGUUGUGAUGGAGAUCCAUGCUCAUAAAGAAGGAGUGUGGUCUGAACAGAUCCAGUUGUUGAGUAAACAAGACAACAACAACCAAAUCACGCUAGUCAUUCAUGCGAGGGUUAUGGAUAAAGAGCAAGGUCAUCCAUUAUUAAAAGAAGGGAUCCACUGCUUAGGAACACUAGACCCCACAGCUAGUACAGACUCUUCUGAUGCCAGUGAUUGGAAGGGCUUUGACUGAAAGAGUCAACCAAGCUCAACAGUGCUCUACAAAUUACUGUACCAAAUUUUCCAAUUAUGUUGUAUAUUGUGUAUGUACUGUUUACAAGAGCCUUAGCAUGGAUACCAUCUGCAGAACCACUGCUAUUGUCAUUUCGACUUUAAGUAAUAUCUUUUAAUUGAGUAAUGACUGAUUAUAGAAGAAUAUAUGAUGCAAUGAUGUCUUUUACAAGAAAGCCAUGAAAAGAAAUCAGCAUCUAUUGAAUCCAAAGGAUGUGCUGUCUGUCUGCAGUGCCUAGCAGUAUUGAUAUCAGCAUGGAGGUGAAGUUGGUGUUGAAGUUCAGCUUCCUUUUCAUGUUCAUUUAUUUGUUCUCUAAUAUUCAGACAUUUUAUAUUUGUUUGUUCUAAGCGUACAAUUCUGUCAAUACAAAAGUACUUUUAUCACCAAGAGCUCCUAUUUUAUAAAAAAUAAUAUACAGUACUUCAGUAAUUACAAUUUUAACAACAAACAGACAAAAACCAAUAGGUUAAGCAGCCUAGUAUUCAGCCAGCUAGGAAAGGAAUCAUUAUAUUUUACUAAUACUGUACCAAUCAAGUCAUACUUGGAUAUGUUUCCUUGAAGUUGUUCUUCUAAUGUAGGGAGAUGUAUGUUGAUUCUGGAUUUCUGUUGAGAGCACUUAGGAGGAGACAGCUAGUUUUGAAGACAUAUAUGAUGGUGCUGAAUGUCCCAGAUGUUGCACAAGUGGCUUGAAAACAUAGUUGAGUGUCUUCUAGAUUAUUCAUGGGCUCUAGCACAUUGCAUUCUUUGUCAAGUCAUUGUUGCUGUCCGUUGCUGUAAUGUCAGGACAAGUAGCAAAUUCAAAAGUGAUAAGGGGAGCCUCAAUGAUUAUGUUGAUGAGUGGUGGGAUGUUAGUGAUGAGCAUUAAUUUAUAAGGUUGAUGUUGAUAGUGUGUCAUGAAAGACCAUGAAGAUCAGCAAUCUGUUGGUGUGUAUGGUUGUACUUUCAGGCUGACGAAAAUGGUUACAAUCAGGUGGGAUGCAUUAUACUCCACCACACAGAGGUAAACCAAGGAGCACCAUUAAGUGGCUGUAUAAAUGACUUAAAUAAACAAACAAACAAAACAAAAACAAAAAAAUCAAACAACGUUUUUUACUCAGAAGUGGGCCAAUUAGAUGUUAAUUGAGGUUUGAAUGCGUGUCCAUAAAUAAAACUAAAUGGAAAUGGUUGGUAAUACAGUAUGCAAACAAGUUUUUCAAAUUAAAGAUUCAGCUGCAAUGCAUAACAAACACCCAGGAAGAUUUAUUACCCAGUGAUUGGUAUAUUUCUUGCUGCAGCCAAGAAACCCUCAGAAAUCAGUAUUUUUUUCUCCCCAAGGGGUUCACAACUAAAGGGGCAUUAAUAUUCCAUGGUACUGUUUUAUAUGUCUAAAAUGACAAUGUAGUCGUAUUUAAUUCCAUGCAUUGAUUUCUUUGUAUAAAGACUGCCGCCUGAUUCCUAAGAGAGAAAAAUCAAGAAACAAACUUAUCCAGUUCCCUCUCUUGCAAGACUUUCACAGCAGCUAAGGAUGUUCCAACACAGCCUUUGUACGAUGCUGCAAAAUGUAUCUGUUUUUAGUCUUCAAAGCGUCGCUUUCCAAAAGAUCGCUCAUUUCUUUCACCAAAGCAAAACCCGCCAUCUUGGAAAUGUCAAAGGGCGUUCAAUGGAUGUCAUUUUAUGAAACAAAAUGUAUGGAACAAAAAAUUAAUGGAUUUCAUGAUCAGUGACAAAAUGGUGUAAAUAACCAAUGUCACAUGAUACGAAAUCCACCAAUCAAAUGACAAGGAUCUAUUUAGGUGUGUUAUAGUAUCUGCUGUAGCUGGUGGACAUUCCCACUCUUAACCAUGUAAUGUUGAAAUUCUUUGAACCACGCUUUUAUCAUGACAAUGGCUUUCUCAAGCUAUUGCUAGUCAUGUGA